ACAGGGUUGGAAAAGUUUAUAAUUAUGAUCAGGUCCGUUUCUCCAGAGCUUUUCAUACAAAACGCAACUCUUCUAGGGUCAUAAACACAAAACAACCAGCUUGCCCGUCUUCUUCCCUGACAAGUCGCGCCCCUUCGGCCCGGACAUCUUCUCGAACGUUCUCGAAACCCAACCCUCCGCCCCCUUUUCCCCCUCCUUCCACCUAAACCUCAGAUCCCGGAGCCCCAAACCGACCACCGCAGCGCCGCAUGGACCAUCCAUGGCGGUUCCCCGCCGGCGCCGACCUCUGCCCGGUCUGUUCCGCGCGUCACUUCCCCUUCUGCCCGCCGCCGCCUCUCCCGCCGCACCCGUUCCCGUAUGAGCUCCACCCGCCGCCGCCCCCUCCUCAUCCCUUCCCGUAUGACCCCCACCCGCCGCCGCCGCCGCCGAUGUGGGGCCCUCCGGCUCCUGGGCCGCAUAACCCGCACCCCUACGAGUUCGCCGGCGGGGAGGGGCCCCACAAGCGGAUGCGCGUGGGCGAGGCGCCCCCGUUCGAUCCGUACGGCUUCGCGCCCCCGCCGCCGCCGGGAAGGGCUUCCGUUGAGGGCGAUCGGCUGCUCGGCCUGAUCCGGGACCAUGGCCACAAUCCACUUCCUGGAUCGGCGUGGCGUGGCGAGCCGUGCCCGCCUGAUGCCGGCUUUGGUUAUGGAGGAGUCAGAUGCUAUCCUUCUCCGUACCCGCAGGGAGGUGAUUUUGCGAAUUUCAACCAUGCUGGAAGGUUGCCACCUCCAGUGCCUCUGCAUGAUAUGAACCAUGGCUUUGGUCAAGGUUUUGCACCGGGAGGAGGGCCUCACGAGAAGUAUCUCGACAGUGCCGAUCAUCGUUACUGUCAGUUCCACCCAGAGGAAUUGCCUGGCGUGCCACCGCCCCCUCCACUGCCUCCAUAUGCUGAGACAGAUGCUAUUCCACAGCCCCCGGAGCCUCCAUUUCCUUCUCACAGGGAUUACCGUGCCGCACCACCACGGCCGGCUGCAAAUUCGUCAUUGUUUCCUGUCCUUUCCGGUUCUCCAGCCAUGGCAGUUAUUCCACCUAGCAGUCGCACCUUGCCUCAAGCUCAGUCGAUGCCAAAUGCAAACUGCUACGACGGACACAUCAAUGAUGAGGGGCAAGGUUUGAUUUAUCGACCAUUGUCAGAGCAGCACUUGAUAGAUGGAAGGUCAGCCAAUGCACAUCAUUCUUUGGAAGAUUCCAAGGUCACAAUCAUCAAUGCAUGCGAUCUGUUCAAGCAACCACAUCGUGCUUCACGUCCUGACCAUAUUGUUAUCAUCCUCCGAGGGCUUCCAGGUAGUGGAAAGAGCUAUCUGGCAAAGGCAUUGCGUGAUCUUGAAGUUGAGAAUGGUGCAAAUGCACCUAGAAUCCACUCCAUGGAUGAUUAUUUCAUGAUUGAAGUUGAGAAGAAAUUGGAAGACAAAGAAGGCUCUAAAUCUUCUGGUGCAUCAAAAGGGAGAAGGCAGCUGACCAAGAAAGUGAUUGAGUACUGUUAUGAGCCGGAAAUGGAGGAGACUUACAGGUCAAGCAUGUUGAAGGCAUUUAAGAAGACCCUUGACGAAGGAAAUUUUACAUUUGUGAUUGUGGAUGACCGCAAUCUGCGGGUAGCUGAUUUUGCUCAAUUUUGGGCAACUGCGAAGCACUCGGGCUAUGAGGUGUACUUGCUGGAGGCACCAUACAAGGAUCCAACGGGCUGUGCUGCGAGGAAUGUGCACGGAUUUACAUUGGACGAGAUAAAAAAGAUGGCAACAGACUGGGAAGAGGCUCCACCACUGUAUCUGCAGCUGGAUAUACGGUCGUUAUUCCAUGAUGAUAAUCUCCAUGGCCACUCUAUACAAGAGGUAGAUAUGGACACAGAGGACAUUGAUGAUGCUAUUGAAACAACUAGUACCACUGCCGAAAACUCAAAGAAGGCUAUACAGGAAGCACCACAUAAUGAAUCACAUGAAGGUUUCUCAAAGCCAGGAGAGAAUUGGAAUGCAGAAGUAGAAGAUGAUCUGGAUGCCUUCAAAGAGCUAGGACAGAGUAAAUGGUCAAAAGAUUUUGAGGAUGACACUGAGAAGUCUGAAAAUGCGGAGGGAAAUACACAUGCUCUUUCUGGCCUGGCCCAGACAUAUAGCACUCAUAAGAAAAGAGUCAGUUGGGGUGAUCGGCUUGAAAAGGGUGGGUUUUCCAUUGCUGCAACUAAAAGAAAACUCUCUUCAUCAUUAGUCAUAGGGCCUGGAUCAGGGUACAAUUUGGUCUCCAAUCCAUUGGCUGAAGAUAAUUCCACAGGGAUGAAAGGGAAGACCAACAACGAGACCAAGAAAAGGUUUAGUGAGCAACUUCGUGAUGAAGGUCAAUCCUUCAGGGCAGUUUUUGACAAGAGAAAGCAGCGCAUUGGAGUUUUCGAGAAUGGAGACGAUGAGUAAUUCUUGACGGAUAAGCCUCUCAUGGCUGUCCUUGAGUUGUCCUGGAGGGGACAGGUGCAGACAGCUCGGAGUCACUGCCUUGUCGCCGCUCAUCCUCCAUUACAUCACAAUUUUGCUUCAUCCAGUGAUGUGCGGGAUCCAGAUUCUACUCUGAACCCCAUUGGCCAUUGGCAUGGUCGAUGGAGAGCAUUAGUUCCAAUAGGAUCUGUAGAUGGUAGCGAUGUGAAAAGUUACAGGGGUCUUGUUUUUCCAUAGGGCAACCCCCAAAAGGCCAUGUACCGUACCAAUUUAUCAGACACACUGGGUUGAGCUUUUCAAUUCAACCUGAUGUGGCUUCUGCAAAAGUUAAAAUCCAACCAAAGGGGUUGGCUUCCAUCCAAAA